AUGCCCUCCUUCUCCACCAGCAGUUCGUCUGUCUUUAAUCGCUUCGGCAGCAAGAGGCAGCCCAGCGAGUACACGGCAGGGGACAGCACGAGGCUCAGCCCGCCGCUGGAGGUGCCUACGGAGAGUGACAAGAGCAAGCUGAUCAAUGGCCAUAAGCGGGAGAGCAGCCUCUUGAGCCUGACGAGCAGUGUCUCGGAUAUAGGCCACAACGUCAAGAGGUCGGUCUCCUUGCGAUCUCACCGCACGCAGCCCAGCGCCGGAUCAGCAACGACGUUUGGCCACAAGCCGCGAUUCCCUUCGUCGGGCAACCUCAUCACGUCGUCCUUUACCACGUCGCCGGCGGAGGAAGAGGAGGCUCAGACUACUGGCCCCCUUCCUCCGUCAUUCGUCCCACCCACACCGAAGAGAGGAAAGCUGUCGAUAUCUGCGAGAUCACUCUCGUCCAAGUUCAGAUCUACGGACAACCUACCGACGCUCGCCUACCCGGACCUUCCGGAUACAGUGGCAGACAGACCAACGACGGCCGUGGAGAUCUCGAAGGGCAUGUACCCUCCUCCCCUCGCUGGGGCCUCCAUGCUCGCAGCACCCGCUGUGCCCAAGCGAGCCCCUCCCGACAGACCAGGUCUACAACCACAAGCCAGCUUCAGUCGAGACAUCAGCUCCUCCCACGGCGAACGCAAUGGCUUGUCCUUACAGCCUACUUCGUCGAUACCAACGGGUACCCACAACCCGCAGGUAGUGUACCAGCAGAUCCACGAGACCUCUACCAAACGCAUGGCCACGAUAGAGUACCUCCGGAAAGUCCACGACGGCAAUAUAUUCUACUUUGGCACUUGGCACUACACGCCAUCCUCCCUGCAAUCCAUCCCGUCCAUGCAUCCGCUCAAACUCGGCCGGCGCGCAAACAGCUACCUCGUCCUCGGCUACAGCCUCCCGGCCCUCCUCGACCUCAACUCCGGCUCCGCGCUCGAAUACCUCAAAGCCCUGUCCGCCCUGCUACAAGAGUUUGAGACUUAUCAAUCCCUCUCCGGCUUCGACACUAGCGGCAACAGCAUUAGCAAAGGCCGUAUGGGCCAGAUGUUCAAGAGUGGGAUGGGGCUGGGGAACAGGAACAACAAGGGAAGGCGAGCGAGUACAGCUACGGACAGCAUAGCCAUCACCACGCCGUCGCCGGACUACUUGGGCAUUCCAAGGUCAGCUACGGAAGCGACGAGUCCGCAGGAGUAUCCUUCGCCGAUCAACAAUGUCAGUGGACACGAGUUCCAGCAUCUGGUGACUCCGCAUCUGCCUUUUGAUGCAGACUUUGCGACCACGUAUGCUACGCUUUGCGAUACUUUGAUCGAUACAUAUGGCAAGCUGUUGGAUCUCGUGCCUUCGUCUGAGGCUUGUGGACCUGGCGUUGGCGAGGCUUUCUCGAAGGCGGACAAGGCCAUUCGCAAGAUCUUGGUUUCCAACGUGCUGCGGGAGUUCGAAGAUGGGACGAGAGCGAACGUGAAGGUGGAAGUGGCCGGGUUGGGAAAGUUGGUGCUUGGGGGUUUGAUGUAG